AUGUCCGCUGACUGGGAGCCACCGAAUGAACAGGCUACUGUAAAGACGUCUUCUACAACGUCAACAGCUGCUCCUCCUGGUGCAUCCGCACAGGACGGUCACGGAGCUUCACCCUCUCGAUCCCGCCCUGCCUCACCGGCCUCACCAGCUUUGUCGAACACUUCAACUAUCGACGGCGAAGAGGAGAUAGAGUCUUCUCCCGUCCUUGUUACUCUCCAAGCUCCUCGACUUCCGGAAAGAGCUCUACAAUUUUUGAGGACACCACCUCCCGAGGCGACCCAAUUUGUUACAGCUAGCUGGGGUUCCCCAUAUCCUGAAUCGGAUAGCAACCUCCGUCGUCGAAGCGUGAGUAGUGAAGGCUCAGACGAAUCUCCAAUCCACCAUCUGGACAUCGAGACGCCCUUUCUCCGCCCAAUUCCUGAUCUACUACGAUCGCAGUCAGAUCCACAAAGCUCUUCGCUGAGUGCUGCCGCCGCUGUCCUUGCAAACCGUGCUCGCCGACCGACCCGUGGACUUACUGAAGACUGGAUACGCACUCAUACAACCGACGACCCCAACGAAGAGAGUCGACAUUGGUUCAGUGACGGAAGUGAAGACGAGAACUCUUCGUUGAGCGGCUCCGAACCUGGUUGGCUGGAAGAGGGUGAAAUUCGCACUCCACGAGCCCUACGGAGAUCAAGAAACGUGUCUCGAGAAGGAUCUGCGCACCAACCUCGGGCCAGAUCUAGUAUCGAGACUCUCAGACCAGGGGAUUCCCUAAGUCCCAAAACGGGACAAAACAGCAGUAUGGCGACCUCCGAAGCCGCACCAGCAACGCAUGAUGCGGCUAGCGACAGGUCUGAGGCCGCCCCUACCUCGGAAGUACCUGUCGCAGAAACUACAGAUAAGCGUAUCCCCAAUGGCACUGUCAAGGGGGAACCUGCGCUGCCCGCAACACCGAAGAAGGGCACACGAAAGCCUCUUCCCAAGGAGCCUGCACCGACACCUCGCUUGAAAAAGAAGGUCCCAUGGAGAGGCAAGAAUAUCAUGGUUCUUAUCCCACGGGAUACUGGACGAGGAAAACCUGGCAGUGCGCCCAUGCCCCUCCGCCAGGAUGAGAUAGAACGAAUGUUUGCCUCUUGGGGUGAGCUCGGAUACGAUAUUUCAGGGUUUGAUUUGGAGGUCGAGGGCUACCAAGUAGAAGGCACAGCGGAUUCUCAAACUCGAGAUACUUGGCCCGAUUUCGAUGACGUGGUUAAGGAAAGGGAACAGCGUAGUUUCCAGGUCACACUUCCUGAUUUGGAUGGUUGGAAGAAGUACGAGGCGGAUCUUCAAGAGGCCAAACUACGGGCGCUUGGCGUAUCCUUUGGUGAUGACGAGCCCAAGCCCUCGCCUGCUACAACAGACCUCAGCCGCCAGCCGUCUGCUCAAUACCCUCCGCUCCCCUUCUCUCCACCUCUACCAACAUCAUCAGCCUCCAGCAAUCAUGGCAUACCUGGAUUUCAGCCUGGCCACUUCACACGACCAUCCACAAACAGCCCCGGCCUAUCACAUGGCGCUUCACCACUCUCCUUUGGAGGCAUGCCCGGCAAGUUCAACCCCAGGCAAUCUAUCUCGUUUCCUGCCAACAGUUCGCCUUUCGGUUUCCAACAACCCCCGCAAGGGUGGCCUGGCCUUAACCGCCAUGAUUCACCUUCUCUCAUGGGCAUGAUGUCUCCUCAUUCGCCUUAUGGAGGACCAGAAAGCCCUGGCAUGAACAUUCACCAACGUCACCAGUCUCUGCAAUAUCCUAUGAUGCCUCACCAGCAAUUCUCAUAUUUGCAGCCUGCUCGUAACUCCCCUCGUCUGCAAGAGGUUCGAGAGGACGAGGAAGAAGCCCCCAGCAAGAGUCCCUCGAUGACACCGGAGCCGUCUCAACAACAAAACACCGACACUCUGCAAGCUGAGAUUGAUGAUGCCGAGUAUCACUUGGAAGAGCAACUUCGUAACGAGUUGGAGCAUGAGGACUACAAUCCACAGCCUCAAAACGAGCAGCCUGCAGCCUUCCCAGAUCCUUUUGUACCUGCACAGAGCCACCAAGCUCCCAAUCAGUUCCCCGUCCAGGAACGGUUUGCUAAUGAGCAGUCGAAACCCCUUGUACUGCAUCAUCCUCGACCUCACAGCCGUGGCCACUCACUGUCACAAGGUUACUUCCGUGACCACAAUGAAAACAGCGUCACUGCUGAUGAGAGCAACCUCACUAAGUUCAGCAGCCUCAACGAAAUCCCCGAGUCUCGUAAAACUGACGAGGCUUACGAGAUUGAGACCAACCCUAGCAAUCUUGGUACACCUGUCCAGGAGAUCGAUUUCCCUGGAUUUGGCCACCAGAAGAAUUUCUCCACAGCCAGCAACCCCUGGAACGACUCCGGCUCAGUCAGCAGCGGCAACAAGAUGGAUCGACGCUCAAGUCAUGCCAGCAAACCCUCGCUGUCUAAGCUUAAUGUGCAGGCACCGGAGUUUAAAUUCAACCCUGCCAGCUCUUUUACUCCUGGCCAAUUCGACUUCGGCAGCAAGAGUAGCACUUUCCAACCAGGUGCUAGUAGCUUUGAACCUGCUGCUAAGGCCUUCGAACCAACGGCCAGUGCAUUCCAGCCUGGCGUAGGAAGCUUUCAUCCCGGCGCGAGCAGCUUCCAACCUGGCGCAAGCGCUUUCAUGCCUGGCGCUGGCAGCUUCCAGCCUACUGCCAGCACCUUCGAACCUGCUGGUUUCCAACCUGCAGUGUUCCAAGCCGACACUGACUUUUCUGGUGCAAACAUGUGUAGCUCCCCACCCGCGAAGCAGACUUCACACGUUACGCCGGCCAAGAUCAAUGUGAAUGCCCCGCCUUUCUCACCAGGCGAAAGUGCUUUCAGCUUCUCUACUACGGGUCCCAAGUUCAAUGUUACUGCACCUGCAUUCACGCCCAACUCUGAUUCUUUCACCAGCCCGGUCAGUCAGGGCAAACAUGGUAGCAUCUUCGGAAGCAUUGACCUCAGCUCUAAUGAACUGCAAUCGAGCAAGAAGUCCAAGGCGGUGCCAAUUGUUAGACCAUCAAGUCAAUCAUCUGCUAAAUCGGAAGAGCUCGAGGAGCAAUUCGAUGCUGAUGGUCGACCUACUGCUGAUGAAACCAGAUUUAAGCGAGCACGCAGCUCUGCCCCUGACGGCGAUGACGUGCCGUUGUUUGCAGAGCAGCCUAAUGAACAAGAUGGUUCGCCGCAAGAAACUCAACAAACAACGCAGGAUGAGCAUCUGCCUGCUGAUACAUCCAUGUCUUCUAUGCUCACUUCCGAUCAAAUCGAUACCAAGGCUACCACCGCUGCUCCAUCCGUGGCGCCUUCUGUGGCCUCGGCCACUGAGAACAACUGGAAGCCUUUUGAGUUUGAAUCCAACCAGGAUAUGCAAAGCUUCAACGAUGCCCGUCCCUUUGGCGAAGAAGACUUCACACAUGGUCACAAGAAGACUUUGUCUGCCAAUGCCAAUGCCGAAGCCUUCAAGCCGGGUGCGAGUUCUUAUGGGGAAACCACGCAGACUGGGCCAGAAGAUGAGGUGUCUGACGUUUCCCCCGAGGCUAGCCCUGUACCUGCCGCCGCUACUUCUGGCCUUGGCGCUUCUCGAUUCAACACCAAUCAACCUCCAAGGACAUCGUCUAAGGGACUCGGUGCUUCUCGCUUCGCCGAUCCUGUUAAGCCGGCUAAGGGUCUGGCUGCUUCCAGAUUCGCUAAGAGCCCUACGCCUGAGGAGAAACCUCUCCCUCCUGUACCCGUCGAGGAUGACAUCGUCUCAUCAGUCGAAGAGGACGAGGUGCCCCAGCUUUCAGCUACUGCGCUGCCUGCUGGUGGUCGUGGCAGCAACGAGCCCACCUUUGAGGAAAUUGAUGCUGUUAUGGACCAGUUCUUUGAUAACCCCACCAUGGGUGUUAACAAAACUCAUGAAUCUGGUCAGUGGCAGCAGAGCAGCCCGGUUCGUAACCUGUCCGCUGUUGCCAACUCUUCGCCCUACAAAUUGGAGCCUGCAGGCGACCACUACACCCGUGAAGAGGCCAGUUUAACUCCCCGGGAGUAUCACGCCCUCUCCGGAAGUUCUGUCCAACCCAUGCCCAGCACAGAGAUCGAGGAUCCCUUCCUCGACCCCCCUCUGGCCAACGUAGGUGAUGCUAUCGAUGGUGAGAGCCUGCCAGCUAGCGACUGGGAGGGUGCUUUUACUGAGGAUGAGCAUGACAAAUUGGAAAACCGCGCCCAGUUCUUCGACGGCCGCGUCAACCAAGUCGUCGGCAAUCUGUUGGCAUCUCGUCUCGAACCAAUGGAAAAGACGCUUUUCUCUAUCCAACAAGUUCUGGCAACCCGUGCCCGUGGUACCCCUUCUUCUCGCCGCGAUAUGCGCAGCAUUUCUGCCGAACUUCAACAAAGUGACGCCGAUGACGAGGAUGAGGAGCCUAUGUUCCGCCGCUCCAUGAGCCCUCGAAGGGACCGUCGCCUAGACCAGAUUCGAAUUGCAGUCAUGGAAGGACUGCAGGCUCAGCAGCGCAGCAACCUGGAGGCCUCGCCAGCCCCUGCUUCUGGACAAGCGUUUUCAGAAACCCUUCCCACGGCUAUCCUCGAAGCCCUGGAAGAACUCAAGCAGCAGUCUAACCACAACGCCAACCGCGAUGAUGUUCUGAAGAAGAUGAUCCAGGAGGCUGUUCAGGCUAGCGCACCUGCUGCUGCUAAAUCCGAUGAAGUUGAAAACUCGAAGAUUACUGAGCUUCAGAAUAAGAUCACCGACCUCGAGCAGCGUCUUUAUUUUGAGCAGACUAAGGUCGAGAGCGAAGUUUCUGAGCGACGUGCCGCCGAGGAUAUGGCAGCUGAGCUUGUGCGCAAACUUCAAACGGCCGAAACCCGCAUUGAGGUCGAGAUCAUUAACCGUAGUGUUUUCGACCAGCGUGUGGCUGACCUUGAGGAGCGACUUCGAGGAGCCGAAGAACUCAGCGAAGAAUCAAUUCUUGCUCGCCGAGCUGCUGAAGACAAAUUUACCGAAUCCCGUGUCCACCAAGAGACCGCUGCUGAAGAGGUGGUUCGUCUCCGCGAACUGGUUGAGCAGAGAGACCAUAAGCUGCGUUCGCUGGAGCAAGCAAACAACAAGAGCUCCAUGCGUAUCGCUCUAUUGGAGGCUGCUCAGAACAAUGCCACCCAGGCCCAGCACGAAGCCAUUUCCAAGUGCAAGGUUAUGGAAGUCGAGCUCAAGGAUGUUCGCCAAGACAAUCACCACUGGCGUGCCGAGGCUGAGCGUUACGACGAGUCUGCUCGACAGAAGGGUGCCGAGUUGAACCGCGCAUUGGAAGACAACCAGCACAUGCAGAAGUCCCUCGUCACUCUCACUACUCAGCUUGAGGAGAAUGAACGUAUCCGCGAAUCUUGGCGUGGCAAGUUUGUCUCUCUUCAAGACGACAUGGGCAGGGCUGCUCGUGAAAUUGCCGAAGACAAUGCGCGUCGCAUCAAGAAGGACCAGGCUAUGCUUGCUAGACAAGAGGUCUUGGAUGCUCGUCUUCAAGCCGAGGCUAAGACCCGCGAGCGUCUGGAGAUCGAGAUGGAUCGCCUGCAAUCAAACGAACGAUCUGGUAUGCGUGCAAACAACGAAUGCGCUCGCCUGGAAGGCAUCAUUGGCGAGCUGAAGACCGAAAACUCCAAACUCGAGCAGAAGGCUAUGCGCUACCAACGUGAGUUUGAGGAGGCCCGCGAAUCCGGCCUUAGUGAAGUCAAGAGAACUCGAAUGGCUUUACAAACCGAGAUCGAUGCCGCCAACAACCAAGUCAACUACAUCCGCGAGGAACUUGAAGAGCAGAACUCCAAGCUUCGUGCCGAGCUUGAUAAUGUCAGACUUGAUGUCGACACCGCCAAGGCUCAGAACGAGAUGCUUCUUGAAGAGGCCGAGAACACCAAGACAGUCGAGCUUGGGGAACUCACUCGCAAGCAUCAGAACGAGAUGGAGGAUCUGCAAACUCGAUAUGAGCGACGAGUUCACAAUGCCCAGGAGGAUGCCCACAAGACUGAGCAACACCUUCUUGAACGUCUCAGUUUGUCAGCCUCCAAGACUGAGCAUCUUCAAGAUCGCAUUCUCCAUCUUGAAGACAAGCUUGAGAUUGCGAAGCAGGCUGCCGCCGCUGCCGCACAAGCUGCCAAAUCUGCAGGAGUCGAUGUUAACGUUCAUGUAACCCAACCCAGAAGGGCCACUCGUGAUCUCGAUCUGCCGGAAAGGAUUUCUCCCCAGGCUCUCCGUGAAUCCAUCAUGGUCCUCCAAGAACAACUUCAGGCUCGCGAGCAGCGCAUCGAGGAGCUGGAGCAGUCGCUAUCUAAGACUGACCCCGAAGCCAGCACCAAGAUCACUAAGCGUGAUGACGAAAUCACUUGGUUGCGGGAGCUCCUUGCCGUCAGGCACGAGAACUUGCAGGACAUUAUCGCAGCCCUUCAAAGCGACUCGUUUGAUCGUGACGCAGUGAAGGAUGCCGCGAUCAGACUCAAGGCAAAUCUCCAGAUGGAGGAACAGGAGCGAGAGAGGGCUAUGAACGGUGGCUCCGCCAUCAACCUACCCAAUAUCGCCCAAACAAUUCAGAAUGCUACGCCUCGAGUGGCGCAAACUAUUGGACCCUUGGCGGCUGCUUGGGGCAACUGGCGAAAGGGUAACCGUAGCCAGUCCUCGCUCAGCAGCCUCUCUGGCGUCCUUCGUUCUCCAGCCCCUAGACAAAGAGCCACCCCCUCGCGCAGCAACUCAACCUCCCAGAACAAGCCUAUGGGUGGUCUCAUGACACCUCCCGCUUCCAGCGUACGACAAACACCGCCAGUUGACAACAAGCCUCAGCCUACUGCGUUUGCCAGCACUGGGCGUCGCUUUCCGUCGCAAAGCCAUGCCCCUGGACGAGCACGAGGAGCUUCAAAUACCUCACACAGAGCGGAACAAGCCAUCGCCACACCACCGCUUAUCGAAUCAGAGGAUGAGCCCAUGACUCCUCCGAUGAUGCGAACGAGCGGCUAUGAUUCGGAUGCGCAGCCCGGGGAUUUUGAUGAUAAUGAUUUCUUCGAGGAUUAG